AUGUCUUCCACCAUCGCUUUCGCCGCUUCGCUGUUCGCUGCAGGUAUCAGUGCUCAGCGAGCCGGCACAAACACCGCAGAGACCCAUCUAUCUUUGCCCGUCUCAGAGUGUACAGCUUCUGGCUGCACGAAACUCAGCACUGCGAUCACGCUCGAUGCUAACUGGCGCUGGACGCACUCUGUCGAUGGAUCGACGAACUGCUAUACUGGCAACGAAUGGGACACCUCAAUCUGCACCUCUCCCUCAGUUUGUGCCACAAGUUGCGCCCUCGAUGGCGCCAACUACGAGUCGACCUACGGUAUUAGCACGUCCGACGACUCUCUCUCCUUGACAUUCGUCACUGGCGCCAAUGUCGGCAGCAGAAACUACCUUAUGGAUGAUUCUGGUGAGAAAUACCAGAUAUUCGACCUCAGAAAUAAGGAGUUUACUUUUGAUUUCGAUGUCUCCGGCUUGCCGUGUGGGCUGAAUGGGGCGUUGUAUUUUGUUGAGAUGCCUGCAGAUGGUGGUCUUUCGAGUCAGGAGAACACAAGGCCGGAGCCAGAUAUGGUACUGGUUACUGUGACAGCCAGUGUCCACAGGACAUCAAGUUCAUCAACGGCGAGGUACGAUCUCCAAUCCUUCCGCCCUAUGCCCUUCCAUCUUACUGACUUCCUUCAGGCCAACAUCGAGAACUGGACUCCUUCUUCGGGUGACCCAAAUUCCGGCACGGGCUCGAAAGGCGCCUGCUGCGCCGAAAUGGACAUCUGGGAAGCCAACUCGAUCUCAUCCGCCUUCACACCUCACCCUUGCAACGGCACGGGCUUGCAAGUUUGUGAAUCUAAUACCACCUGCGGCGCCAGCGACUCUCGAUACGAUGGAAUUUGCGACAAGGACGGCUGCGACUUCAAUUCGUACCGGAUGGGCAAUGAGACCUUCUAUGGUCCAGAAUCUAUCAUCGACACUGCGAGCCCUUUUACAGUUGUGACGCAGUUCAUUACGGAUGAUAACACUGACAAUGGAACGCUGGUGGAGAUCAGGAGAAUAUAUGUCCAAGACGGAGUCGUGAUCCAGAACUCGGCGUCUGAUAUCGCUGGCGUAGACGCUUCGAACAGCAUCACCGAGGGUCUCUGCUCGCAACAGAAGACGGCAUUUGGAGAUAAGAACUCGUUCGACGCCAGAGGUGGAUUGGCCGCGAUGGGCAAGAGCUUUGGCAGGGGAAUGGUACUUGUAAUGUCUGUCUGGGACGACUAUGCUGCCAAUAUGCUGUGGUUGGAUUCCACCUACCCCGUGGAGGGCACGAACCUUGGUGCCAAGAGAGGUACUUGCGAUGCUGAAAGCGGCGUGCCAGCAACCGUCGAGGGAGCGCAUCCGGAUGCUACGGUCAAGUUCUCGGCGAUUAAGUUUGGGGCCUUGAACUCGACGUUUGCUGCUCCUGUUUAG